AUGAAAACCAUUUAAUUUUAUCUUUUAAUAAGUUUUACAAUAUAAGUAGCUUCAUAAGAAUGUAUGACUGGAUGCUAAAAAUGUAGAUAAGUAGAAAAUAAUCAAUAAAUUCAAUGCGAUUAGUGUUUAGAGCCUUAUUAACUCCAUAAUGGCGAUUGCAUUUAUCAAGGUUGCUCACCUGGUUUAUAUUUCCAGAUAAAUCAAAAUUAAGAUAAUAAAACUACAGGGAAUUGUUUUUCUAUUUGUGAUCCUCAUUUUUAUUCUGAUAUUUAAACUAAUACUUGCAAAAAAUUAGUAUAAUGUUCAUCAACUUAUUCAACUUAACAAAACUUUAAUGAAACUCCUCUCGAUUUUUUUAUUUAUAAAUAAUAAUAUUAUGUUGCCUUAUUAACAAGCCAACUUUCUAUUUAUGACUAAAGUAUGCUAGGUUUAGUUAAAAAUCUAAAAUAUGAGUAAGAUGAUUUAACAAUUUAAUAAGUAAAUGGUUCAAUUAUUGCCAUAAAAAAUGAUUUAUCUAUUAAAAUUUGGGAUAUCAUAAAUGAAAUAAGAAAUGAUUGUGAUAAUAUUACUCCUACUUCAGUUAAUCAAAAAAUUUAAUUUGCCUAAUAAUUAGAGUACACAGCUAUAAAUAAUUUAUGA